AUGUCUACCGAAGAAGUCAAAACUGCUGCCGCCCCCGCUGCUGCGCCUACUGCCGCCCCUGAUGCUGCCGCUCCUGCUGCCGCCCCUGCCGCCGAGAAGAUUGAGCUCGCUGCGCCCAUCGAGACUGCCAAGGAGCCCGAGACUGGCGACAAGAGGAAGGCCGAGGAGCCUGUCGUCAGUGAGGCUGAAGAGAAGAAGACCAAGGUCGACGAUGUCAAGGGCAAGGGCAAGUCCACCGACAAGCCUCCUGUCGAGACUACUGCCCCUGUCGACGAAGAAGAGGAGGACCUUGACACCUUGAUUCAGCCUGGCAGGAGGAACAGGAAGCCUGUGAACUAUGCCGAUCCUGAGGCCUGGAAAAAGGCCGAGCUUGACCCCAACGCGCCCGAAGAUGACGAUGACAAGGAGGAUGCUGUUCCCGAAGAGUCUGGCGAUGAGGAUGAGGAUGACGAUGCGCCCGAAGCCCCUGCCACCGCUGAGGUCGACGACGAGGACGAAGAAAAGUAA